CUCGCAGGCACUGCAGUCUUAAAAGCUGGGACCAGGACCAGGGGGAAGGUACGAUCGAACUGAUAAACCCAUCGAUUUGCCUGCGCAAAGUUGCACCUCCACUUUCCUUUCCCACCUACCUUACCUUCGUACAACCCACCCCCUACCUUUCCCAAUCCAACCAAAACUUUUUGCGACAAGCAACUUCUAUUAUUCUUCACUUUCUCCCUUUGCGCAAAGACUCGACAGUACCACGCAGCAUCCACGAAACAGACACAAUGGCCGCCGAGAACGAGAACGUCGCUGCUGGCCUCGCCGAGGAGACCAAGGGCAAGGGCAAGGCUGUUGCCCCUGAGGAGCCCAUCGAGAAGAGCGACGCCAUGGACGAGGACGAGGACUCCAGCGAUGAGGAGGAGGCCCCCGAGGCCGCUGAGGCUGUCGAAGAGGAGGACGGCAUGGAGGAGAUUGACCUGAACAACAUUGUCGAGGGCGGUCGCCGCACCCGUGGCCGUGUCAUCGACUUCGCUAAGGCUGCUGAGGAGAACCCCGCCGAGGAGGAGGAUGACGAGGACGACGAUGACUUCGCGGCCGACGAGUCUAAGAUGGAUGAGGACUAAGGACUAAGGAGCGAGUCCAUUUUCCUCCUUUUUCUUACGACCUUCGCACAUCCUCCCUUGGCCUGCCUACCUUUAACAUGGUGGCGGCUGUGGGCGGUGGCGAUGGUUCAUCACCAUUCAUGACGGUUAUUGGGAAACGGCACGACACACACACGACAGAAAACGGAAUGCAAAGGAGGGGCGGUGGAUGGUUUACACAAAA